CGCUCAGCAAGCAAUGCCAGGAGGGGCAAAGUGCGCUUCUCCGAUCAGUUCAGAGCCCUGACGAAGCUGCCUUGGGGUUUGAAACCAGACGCAACCCUCUCCAGGAGAAUCCUGCAAAUCCGCGGCCUGAGAGCUGGAUAAGGUGACCCAGAAGGAAAGGUGGGGAGGAGGAGGAGGAGGAGGAAGAUGAAGAGCAGGUUCUUGACGGUGUUUCUCCUGGGGUCGCUGUGCGUCUGGGUGGGCCCGGAGUGCGGGUGCAGAGCUCAGGGAGAGGCGGCGAGAACCGGAGGAGCGCCGAAGAGCCGGGAUGCCAGGCCCGCCCUGGAAGCAGUGGCCGAGCAGAGGUACUACCUGAGCAGGCUAUUCGGCCACUAUGGGCAGGGCGGCAGGAUCUCCUCUGAGGGUCUCCACAGGCUCUUGAUGAGCCUGGGCCUAGGCCAGGUCCAGGUGGUGGAGAUCGAACACGAGAAGCUGGGCCAUGCCCAUGUGUCCCAUCUGGACGCCCUAGAGCUCCAGGAACGCAAGCACAUCCACAGUCACACCACACAGGACCACCUGUCCAUGCUGGCCGGGCAGUCUGGGGGCACCACCGGCCCGGACAGAGGUGCCCAGGGAGCGAGAGCCACCACAGCGUCCAGCCUCAGAUCCUCCAAAUGGACGAAGGACAGGAGGACAGAGACUCCUGCAGCCCGACGGGAUUCCCUGGGAGACGCCCAGGGGAAUGUCCGGGGUCGGGGGAGGCUGCGGCAAUGGAGGAGCAUGGGGGGUCACCGAACACAGAGAUCGCCGCAGGACCAGCCCCUCCCUGCCCCAUCCCACAGGCUCACUGAUGAUGAUCGGGUCCUGAACCAUUCCAUGUAUAACCACCUCCAUGAAAAUUGUCUGAACGUAACUCAGCUCCUGGUCAACUUUGGGCUGAGCGAUACGCGCGGGAUUACGCCGAAACAGUUCACCUACAUCUGCCCAGCCUUACUCUAUCAGAUAGACAGCCGGCUCUGUAUCCAGCACCAUGACUCACUGCAGGCCCAGCCGCGAGAGAUUACACAGAUGUCGGUCUGGCUCAGUGGGUUCAUCGCCAUUACCCUGAUCAGCUUGACAUCGCUGUUGGCCGUGGCCAUCAUUCCAUUGCUCAGUCGUUCCUUUUCCAAGAUCCUGCUCCGGUUCCUGGUCACUCUAGCCAUUGGUACACUGUCUGCAGAUGCCCUGCUCCACCUCAUCCCUCAUAGCAGGCAGCUACAGCGGCAGGAGGAGCAUUCCGAGGCAGCAGAGAAGGACUCUAUCUGGAAGGGGUUGUCCGUGCUCGGAGGGAUCUACCUCCUCUUCCUCAUCGAGACCCUCCUGGGCCUGUUCAGGAACUGCAGAGUAGGGAAGGCAGGGCGCGGAAGGGGCCCCAACAAGGACAAAGGCCGAGGCGGUAAGGUUUGGGCGAACAAGGGCAAUGAGACAGAACUCCAGCGGCUGGCGCCAGGUGUAGCUCCUGGCAACAGUGCUCACCCGGAAGAUGACAAAGACGCCUCCCUCAGUGUCCAUGUGACUCCUGACUCACUGGAGCAGAACAGGGGGGAUGCGCCUCCAGGUCACUCCCACACUCAGACAACCACCGGUAGGACCACUCGUGUCCAGGAGGGACAGCACCCCAGGCACAGCAUGGAGCAAGAGACCCAUGGUCAUAGCCAUGGGCGUUCCCACAGGCCGGCAAACAUGAGGAAUGCUGGAAUAGCCACGAUCGCCUGGAUGGUCAUUGUUGGUGAUGGCGCCCACAACUUCACAGACGGCCUGGCCAUCGGAGCUGCGUUUUCCACAGGGAUUUCAGGAGGUUUAAGCACUGCCAUCGCUGUGUUUUGUCAUGAGCUUCCCCAUGAACUGGGUGAUUUUGCAGUGCUCCUGCGAGCGGGGCUCACACUCAGACAGGUUGUAGUAUUUAACUUGGUGUCAGCUCUCGUUAGUUACCUGGGUUUGGCUGUUGGAAUUGCUAUUGGCCAGCACACUGCCUACGUAACACCCUGGAUCUUUACUGGAACUGCAGGCAUCUUCCUCUAUGUGUCUCUGGUCGACAUGCUCCCGGAAAUGAUACAUGCGCAGACAGGGAGCGGGGAGCACAGUCCGCUCGGGAUGUUUCUCAGUCAGAAUCUCGGCUUCCUGCUCGGUGUUGGGACCAUGCUCUGCAUCGCCCUGUUUGAGAACAAAUUACAGCUAGACAUCAGCUUUUAGGAGGCGUCAAACUGGACAGAAGUGGGACAGAAAAAAGACCUCGGGCCAUCUCUCACAAAGUGGGAUCUUCCUAUUCUCAAACACCUUGAGGUUCCUUCCCAGCGACUCGGCCGCCUCCUGCGGUCCCAGUGGGGUUGGCACGUCCUGCCUUUCUCAAAAUCCUGCCGAGCGCCUGGACAUCGGAAAUGUGCUGCCUUCAGAUGCCAGGAGACCACAUUGAACUGUCUUCCUUUCAGUCUCUGCACCUACAGACUUUCCUACGUGUUCCCUGGCCUCUAUAAAGUGUAGCCAUGUUUACUUGGGACUUUCACAUCUCUGGCCAGGAUCCCAUACGCAUGAGCAAGGAUGUGGCUGGGUGGAGUUAGUGUAUCAUUCGGAGGAAUUAACCCAACACAGCAUGUCAUCCACACCAGAUAAUCCUUUACCAUUAGCUGCAGACAGUUUUAUUCAACACUGUAACACACCGAUACAUCCCACAACACUCACUGUAACACACCGAUACAUCCCACAACACUCGCUGUAACACACUGAUACACCCCGCACCCCUCACUGUAACACACCGAUACACCCCACACCCCUCACUGUAACACACCGAUACACACCACACCCCUCAGUGUAACACACCGAUACACCCCGCACCCCUCACUGUAACACACCGAUAUACUCCACACCCCUCACUGUAACACACCGAUACACCCCACACCCCUCACUGUAACACACCGAUACACCCCACACCCCUCACUGUAACACACCGAUAUACCCCUCACUGUAACGCACCGUUACACCCCACACCCCUCACUGUAACACACCGAUACAUCCCACAACACUCGCUGUAACACACCGAUACACCCCGCACCCCUCACUGUAACACACCGAUAUACCCUUCACCCCUCACUGUAACACACCGAUAUACCCCGCACCCCUCACUGUAACACACCGAUAUACCCUUCACCCCUCACUGUAACACACCGAUAUACCCCGCACCCCUCACUGUAACACACCGAUAUACCCUUCACCCCUCACUGUAACACACCGAUAUACCCUUCACCCCUCACUGUAACACACCGAUAUACCCCACACCCCUCACUGUAACACACCGAUAUACCCCACACCCCUCACUGUAACACACCGAUAUACCCCGCACCCCUCACUGUAACACACCGAUAUACCCCGCACCCCUCACUGUAACACACCGAUACACCCCACACCCCUCACUGUAAUACACCGAUAGACCCCACACCCUUCACUGUAACACACCGAUACACCCCACACCCCUCACUGUAACACACCGAUACACCCCACACCCCUCACUGUAACACACCGAUAUACCCCACACCCCUCACUGUAACACACCGAUACACCCCACACCCCUCACUGUAACACACCGAUACACCCCACACCCCUCACUGUAACACACCGAUAUACCUCACGCCCCUCACUGUAACACACCGAUAUACCCCACACCCCUCACUGUAACACACCGAUAUACCCCACACCCCUCACUGUAACACACCGAUACACCCCGCACCCCUCACUGUAACACACCAAUAUACCCUGCACCCCUCACUGUAACACACCGAUAUACCCCACAGCCCUCACUGUAACACACCGAUAUACCCCACAGCCCUCACUGUAACACACCGAUAUACCCCACACCCCUCACUGUUUCAGUCCGAUAUACCCCACAGCCCUCACUGUAACACACCAAUGUACCCCACACCCCUCACUGUAACACACCGAUAUACCCCACACCCCUCACUGUAACACACCGAUACACCCCACACCCCUCACUGUAACACUCUGAUAUACCCCACACCCCUCUCUGUAACACACCGAUAUACCCCACACCCCUCACUGUAACACACCGAUACACCCCACACCCCUCACUGUAACACACCGAUAUACCGCACACCCCUCACUGUAACACACCGAUAUACCCCUCACCCCUCACUGUAACACACCGAUAUACCCCUCACUGUAACACACCGAUACACCCCACACCCCUCACUGUAACACACCGAUACACCCCACACCCCUCACUGUAACACACCGAUAUACCCCUCACUGUAACGCACCGUUACACCCCACACCCCUCACUGUAACACACCGAUACACCCUACCCCCCUCACUGUAAUGCACCGAUACACCCCACACCCCUCACUGUAACACACCGAUAUACCCUGCAGCCCUCACUGUAACACACCGAUACACCCCACACCCCUCACUGUAACACACCAAUAUACCCCACAGCCCUCAACUGGACAUGCUGAUAUCCCCCACAACAUCAUAGAAUGAUAGAAUUUUACUGUAUAGAAGGAACCUGUUUGAUCCAUCAUGUCCAUCCUGGUUCUGAAAGAAUAUUCUUCUUUACCUUGUCAAAACUGCUCAUCAUUUGUACACCUUGGUAAGGGUCACCCCUUAAUCUUCUCUGAUCCAAUGUGAAUGAGUUCAAACUUGCGAAUUGUCCCUUCUCUCCAAAAUCCCCCAGUCCCACAGUGUUUUAUUAAGCCUCCCUUACACUCUCUUUAACAUCCUUCAUUCAAUAAGGUGCCCAGAACUGAACAAAAUAAUCUCAAGGUACUCCAAACUUAACUGAUAACAUGAACAAAUUGCGCAUUUUUCUAUGUUCGGUGAAUGAAUGAAAUGAAAUGUAAUAAA